GUUAUUCACGUCGUUAGGGAAGAGAAGAGCGGGCUGUUCCACACAGUUCCAGCGGCCACCCGAAGUUAUGAGCGAACUUCAACAAUAAUGCGGCGUGCAGCAUGAAUCGUCAAGACGCUAAAGGAGUUGUCUUGACCGGCUAUUACAGUAACAGUGAGUCCUUACCGCCUCAGCCCGGAGUAAACUCUGUCGAAGAAGCCGAUCCCUCUGUUCCAAGUCGUAGGACGGGACACUACAAUGUCCAGAAUCGCUCCAAAAAUGCAGCGGGGAAGCCUCCGUACAACCGCUGCAACUCGCAGGACUCCCUGGACAUGGACGCCUUCUGGAAGGAGGUGGAGAGCAUCGGAGAGUCCGACACCGGGCCACAGGAAGAGGUCCAGCUGAAAGUGCCAGAUGAGGGGGAGCACGAGGAGGCAUGGCUGACCGCGGCAGGGCUGACCUUACUCUUCCAGGAGUCGGAGUCGGAGUUGGACCCGGACGCCUCGGAGGACAGCAAGGCCAUGCUUUCCACGCUGACCCGCACGCAGGCAGCCGCCGUAGAGAAGCGCGUGGAGCUGCUCAAGCAGACCAUGCGCAAGAAGAACAAGCAGUACCAAGUGCCUGACGUCAGGGAGAUCUUCAAACCGCCGCCAGGUUCCGCAGCCCAGUCGGAAGGGACCCAGCCUGGAGACGAGCCGCAGGCCCUAGAGAGAAGUGAAAAUGGCAAAGGGGAUGUUGCGUCCUCCGAUGAGGCCAUUGGGAACGGAGCAUAUCCCCCUGCCGACCAGUCUGCCCCCGACUCAGAGCAAGACCUCAACCUGGAGGUGUCGUUUGCCGAGCAGGCUUUGAGCUACAGAGGGAGGUCAAAGGGCGUCGAUAGUCUGAGCCUGAGGGAGAGCCAGGCGGACGACAGGCUGCCGAAUUUCAAAGUUCCCCCGGACAAGACCGGCAGGACCAAAAUCGGGGACUUGGCCCCCCAGGACAUGAAGAUGGUGCGGCGGCUUGUGCUGAUUGAGAUGACCGCUCUGUUCGACACGGCGAGGAUCGACUGGAAGUGCAACAAAGUGGUCAAGCAGAAAGAGAAAGAAUCGGGUCUUUUCGGAGUUCCCCUAGCCACUCUGCUGGAGCAGGACCAGAGGAGGGUACCGGGGACUAAGGUGCCACUUAUACUGCAGCGGCUGAUCAGUCACAUAGAGGCGGAGGGGCUGGACACUGAGGGACUCCUGCGGAUACCCGGCGCUGCCGGAAGAGUCAAGGUGCUGUGUCAAGAGCUGGAGGCUAAGUUCUAUGAGGACACGUUCCGGUGGGAGACGCUGAAGCAGCAUGACGCGGCAAGCUUGCUCAAGUUCUUCAUCCGCGAGCUGCCACACCCACUAAUCACCGUGGAGUACCUGAACGCGUUCAUCGCUGUGCUCAAGCUGCCCACGAAGAAACAACAGCUUCAGGCUCUCAACCUGCUGGUCCUGCUACUGCCAGAAUCAAGCAGGGACACGCUCAAGGCGCUGAUGGAGUUUUUCCAGAGAGUGACCGACCACAUGGAGCAGAACAAGAUGAGCCUGAACAACGUGGCGGUGGUGAUGGCGCCCAACAUCUUCAUGUUCAAAGGGUUCCGCACCAAGAUCAGCGAGCAGCAGGAAUUCUCCAUGGCUGCCGGCACGGCCAGCAUCGUCCGCCUCCUCAUCCAGUACCAGAACAUUCUGUGGACAAUCCCCAAGUUCAUCAUCAACCAGGUGCGAGAGCAGAACACAGAGAAGCAGAAACAGAAGAAGGCCAGCAAGGAGAAGGGCAUGAAGAGGCUACUCAAGAAGAUGACCCAAGACCGCGACAAGCCCGACAAACAGGAGCGGAGUGCCACAGAGAAUGACAGCCCCCAAGGGUUCAUCAGGGUGCAGGCUCCUGAGUUCUCCAAGGUGUCCAUGGCUGUGCAGCUGACGGAGGAUCUGCAGGCGUCAGACAUCCUCGCCCGAUUCCUCAGCCAGGACAGCUCGGUCUCUGUGAAGAGGGAGGACCUGUGUCUGUAUGAGAUUGGAGGGAACAUCAAGGAGCGGUGUCUGGAUGAGGAGGCCUACAUGAAGGCCCUGCUGGAGCUCAACCCCAGCGCAGAGUGGGUGAUCAGGGCCACCCAGCGCUAGGAGCCCUCCUCUUCCUCCUCCUCCUCUUCCUCCUCUCUGCCAGCGCUGGGUCCAGGAGGAGGUUCUCACAGGGGGAAAGGGGCGCGGAAUCCACACAUGAAAGGGAAUGGAACUCAAAGAGGGCUAGAGAU